AUGAGUCCUGAUGAGGUGGUAAAUGCGGCAGUGAGGAUGCUUCUCUUCAACGUGAACAGUGGAUCAUGUGUCGACGACAUGUUACAGGAUCAGGUGUGAAAUAAUCGCACUCAUAUAGAUAUUAGGGGGAGUGUCCUAGCCUAUCCACUGACGUAUUAUUUUAUUAAUUUUUUCCGACGAAUUUGGCGAGUGCAGAGCGCGAGAACGAGCUCUAAUCCCUUGCGCUAGAGGUCAGUAAAGCCCGGCCCCUGCCGGUUGUAGUUUUUUUUGCGUACGCACGAUCGACGCUCUCUAAAGAGAAAAUGAAGGGUCUAUUACCAGGCUAGCAGUGUCCCAAAUCUACUCAUAAGAUACCCACGUCAAGGUUUGCUUUCCAAAACUCUAAGUUGGGUUGGAAACCUCUUUUCUGUCAUGUAUGUCAUAUGUUACAAGAUCGCCGGUUUGAAGCAAGUCUUGUACAUGAUAUAAAGCAAAGCCCCCCUCAAACCACCCAAACAUAAAUAUGUUAACAAGGCUCCAAUUUGCUAAGACCCUUACUUACAUUUGAAAGCCUUUUACUGUGAAAAAAUUAACAUUGUAAUCUCGACCAGGCGAGGUUUUUAAUACUUACAACGAAGGUAUCACCACGCCAUAUUUUUCUUGAAACCUAUUUGUAAUGAUUCAAAGAGUGGAUAGACGGCAAAUUGUUGUUGCGAGAAAUAUCAUUAGGGUUUUUUUAGGAAAAUAAUCCUGUCUUCUUUAAUAAUGCUUUUUUUUCCCCUUCGUUCGUUAAGUGCUAUUUGUAUUUCAGCGACCUUUUUAGAGGCUGUUGCGCAACUGUACAAGCGGUGUAUUAGGAGAUCAAAAUUUAGUACAAGUUUUAGUUAGUCUGAGUACGAGUGACAUUUCAGACCAACGUGUUAGUGAGUAAUUAGGGGCUUAAUACAGGUGGCAUUUUUUUUAUCUUCAGGCCAUUCUAUUCAUGUCGCUGGCAAGUGGAAAGUCAUCUUUGAGAGUAUCCCACCUCAACAACCGAUCAAAAGCUGUGAUCAAAGCAAUCGAAACCUUCACUGAGGUAAUAGAAUAUACUCUGGAACGUGAUACGGGAGAACUCUGGCUCCCUGGAAGUCCUGUGGCCAAGCUUACUUGAACGCACUAUUAAUCACCAUCUACUGGAAAUCUUAGUUUCGUUGGCUGCAGAAUGUCAAGUCCUGGCUAGACUAUCAAACUGUUUUUUUUUUUUUUCUCAUUGCAAGAAUAGUUGCAUUACCUAAAACAUAGAAAGAAAGCAGAGAAAAAGAUAAGAAUGACAAUAAUAAUUGAGGCCACUACAGUCGAACCUCCAAGCCCACCUCUUUACAACGGUCAUUUUUUGGCAGACACUCUCUACGUUGACUCUUGUUUAAACCUCUCUACAACGGCCACCUUCUUCAGUCCCAUUUUUCCGUUCUUUAAGACCCGUUUUGUAUUCAAAAGCUUUGCCAACCUGGCAAGGAGAUAUUAGACGAUAGUUUUUUAUCGUUACCGGGGAUUAAGCGAUAUUCUUGUUUGGCGACAAGUCAUGAAAAUUUGCAAGAGGGAAUAAUCAUUUAUUAGCAAAUCUGGCUAAUGUUUAAUCUUUAACCAUCCCACUUCCCAUUAAAACAUAUCACUUCCGUGUCCAUUGCACCAUCAAGGUCUAACUGCCGACACUGGUUAUUUCUAACGUACUUUGAAUGGUACCCGUAUUAAAACAGUGCUUAGCCCUAAUCACUGAACUUUGAAUAAAUAGUUAUCUACAAUAAUUAGAUAAGUGCUCACGCUUGACCUUGGUAAUCAAACUUGAAAGAAUAUAUUCUGGUCUCAAAGUCUCAGAUUAUAGUUCUGUAGCAAUAAACAUCCAGGAGGCCAUAAAUAUCAGACGCCAGGGUCCAACCCUAAACAGCUAUGAGGGUUAUGAACUUCACGCGAUUUUUAAUCAUUUGUUGUCACGUGAUUAAUUCACGUGACAACACAGCUUUUAUUGCUGAUGAAGACUGUGCAAUACAGUCGAACUGAGACUCUGAGACUAGAAUUUUUUUAUUCCAAGUUAUCUACUAUUAUUAUUGCCUUGUGUAAUAACCAUUAGGUGUUCAGGCUCGUCCAGUCCAACACGAGUUUCCCUUCCUAUAUGCUACAUUUCCAAUAUUGCUGCAUUGUUAUUUUCACAGGUUAAAAUUAAUGUUUCACCGGCGGAAGUAGGAAAGGGAACAAAGACGAGACGAAACAUUUUGAUUGAAUGUGAAGGCCAAGGGCUCAUUAACGAGGACAUCGUUCCGCCCGAAGACAGCCUCGAAAGAGUUGAUACAACGGUGUGAAGUAUCCUUCAAAAGAGACCGCCGAUGUUUGGGCUGUCAUACUCGGUCUAAACCAGAAGGAGCCCCUUGUAUAAAGCGUUUUCACUCACUUGGCCAGCAUGUAUGCAAAUUCGUGGGAACAAAAGAAAUUGCUUACAUACGAAAGGAGUUCACCUCCCACAGGAUUUGUUUGGAACACAAACAUUGCCGCCGCUUUAUUGUUUUGGAACACCAAUAUGGCCGCCGUGAUGUCACGUGAAAACGCUCUAUUGGACUAUCGGUCGUGCCACUGAUGGCCCAAUGGUUGGCCUUUCAGUCAUUUCGCAACAACAAUGCUAUGCUGAGGUAUCCUUGUUGAAGGCCCGUGUGUAUGUCACCCAAGAAACAAAGUGGUCAACUCAGGUUCUGAAAUCUUUACGACAU